GUCUCCUUGGCCUCCGCCUUUUUCUCUUCUCCCUUUUGUUAAAAAAACUCCUUUCUUUUCAGUGAACUAUUUUGAUAUAAAAGCAGCACUAUACAGAUUUUGGCCCCUCUUUUUUUUCCUUUCCUUUAUUUGCUCGGCUUGCAAGAAACCUGUUUAUCAAAUUCUAUACAUUAAGUGGGCAAGUUAGAUAGAUUCUUUUUUUUUUAUAUGAAAGAUCUGACAAAUCCUCUGAAACACUCGUCGGGGUCUCUUUAUGCAACCACUACUGCCAGAGAUUUAAACAUUCUAUUUGAAGAAAACGACCUGAACGAUAGCAAUCAGCAGCACCCGCAGCAUCGACAACUACCACAGCAACAAAAUGGUUAUGCUGCAGCAUCCCAUUCAAUCAAUUUUAUGAGACCGAAACCAGCUUACUCCACUUCGUUUUCAGAGAACCAAAACAAUCAUCAGAACGAUCGUAAUAUAACAUCAUUUUUGCUGAACGAAGGUAGCAACAGUAAAAUAAAUAUGGCGUCUUCGUCGUCGCCCAUUCGACGUCCUCGAGCAGGAACUAUGCCUUCCUUCAUCAACCCUGACAUGAGCAUUAGCAGCAGCACUGCUCAUAAUGGUCAUCAACAGCCGUUGCCAGCGACUGUCUCUCAUCCACACCAAGCCGCUUUUCUUUUGCAAACUAUUAACACUGCUUCUUCCAAUAUUCCUGGUGUUCCUAGCAUUAGCGGUCGUAACAGAUCGGGCUCGCUCAAUUUACCUCCACCUCCACCUCGCUCAUUGCCAGUCAAUGACUUUUGGCUGAAACAUCAUGACCCACCUUUAUCUCCGUCCUCAGAACAACUUUUGCAAAACGAUAACGAUUUUUCAAUUGCACGUACCAUGCGUUCUUUAGGACUAGAAGAUGAAGACCCUAUCGUCAAUCAACAACAGCAACAUCCAGAAGGAUCAGCAGCACCACCCACAGCACCAGCACCGCCGCCAGCCGUUUUAGAACAGCAACAGCAACCUGUGAUCAAUGGACUUUUCCAUCAUCAAUCCCCGCCUGAGUUUCAUUUGCCGAGUCGGUCCUUAUUAUCUGGUAAUAACAGAAACCGAUCGUAUUCAGUCAAUGCUGCUGCUAGAUAUGAUGAGGAAAAUAGCGAUGGCAACAACAUGAAAAGCAAUCCUACGAAUAGUAGCUGUAACCAAUACCAUCAACUACAUGCCGUUUUAUCACAUGAAAAUUUGUCAUCCUCCUUUCAGGCUCCUGCAGGUUUCUUGCCAAAUUCGUUGGAUGGUUUUUCUGCAAGGCAUCGUCAGCAAUUAUCAACGAGGCCCCGUGCAUCGAGCAUGAGUCGCGCUGAUGCAGUUCGAAUGAAUAUGCUGCCAUCGUUGAGUUCUCUUGGUAACUUUUGGAACAAUAAUAAUGGUAAUGGUGCUGGCAUACGCAGAUCUCCUUUAGUAUCCAUGACAGAAGAAGAAUAUUCAGAGUACGGUCAACAUAGCGGCCAUCACGUUGACGAGAUGGAAGCACCACCCAUGUUGACACCAACAGAGAAUAGUGCUCCCUUAUCAUUAGGAGAUUCAGAAUUAAUUGCCAACAUUCUGGCCGUGAGCCAUCCAAAGGACGACGAUGAAGCGAUUAUGUAUGACCAUCUUCAAAGUAAUGAGCGUGAACCAUUGAAGCAACAACAACAACAACAAAAACCCUUCACAAAAUCUAUACUGCAGCCAAGUCAUUCCACACCUACCACAAACACCCAGCUACAGAAUAGUGGCUCUCGCUCUUUGUGGAUUGGUAACAUUGACCACACCGUCACUGUAGACCUGUUGACGCAGGUGUUUUCUCGAUUUGGCCCCAUUGAGAGUGUACGGCUAUUGAUCGAAAAAGAGUGCGCUUUUGUGAAUUACUUCCAGGCGGAAGAUGCCGCCAAGGCGAAAGAGGAAAUAUUAAGUCGUAUGGGAGGUCGAGUAGGACAGUGUAUUGUCCGAAUUGGCUUUGGCAAAGCUGAUUUGGCUGCAGCAAUGAUGAAUGCACCCAACAAUCAUCAUAACAGUAAUAUCAAUACUAUCCCCCAUGUUCAAGCAAGCAAUUCUUUGUCACAAAUACAGCCAACGCGCGCUUUAUGGUUGGGAAACAUACCGGGAAAUAUGACAGUACCCGUAUUGGAAGCUAUAUUUCAACCUUUUGGUGCCAUCGAAUCUGUCCGGGUGCUAAAUCAAAAAAAUUGCGGAUUUAUCAACUUUGUCUCGGCUGAAAGCGCCAUCCAGGCUCGAGAAGUACUGCUCAACAAUAAAGUGACCAUACCAGGAGUACAUUCUUCUUCUUCUAUUCGUGUUGGCUUUGCAAAACUUCCACCCUCCCCUUCACCCGCCAAUGGCUUGAGAAAAGGUAAAUCGUCUUUGGAUGACACGACCGAUGUGGAUAGCUAUAAUGGUCAUAGUCCAGAAAUGAGGCGGGAUCACGGUGCCACUCUAACGAGUACAAAAACUUGGCAGAGCGAACUUGUAGACAUCAUGUGUCAAAUGACAAUGGAAAAGGAGAUGGCCAGAAACUUGGUCAAAGGUAAAACUGACACCUUGUCGAAACGCAUUUUCAUAGAAAAAAAAGAAAAGGCAACUGUAGGCCUUUCUUUAUUGCUUACAUACAUUCUCUGCGCUUUUUACUUUUUUACAGAUCUGAAAGUUAUGUCUACAGAGUAUUAUGAUUAUAUACCCCCCUUACCUGAACAAAGUCGUCAAAAGUCCGACUCUAUUCGACUGAGGGAUUUGCGUAAACGAAUUGAUAGUGCCACGGAUGUCGUGCUGGAAGCAGAAGCAGUAGCUGCUGAGUGUAUGGAUGAUAUGGCAAACAUCUGUGCUGAUUACAUUGGCAAUACCGUCGUACAGCGGCUUUUCGAGAAAUGUAGUGAAGAAACAAAGACAGCCAUGCUACAGCAGGUGGGCAUGCAUUUGGCCACUCUUAGUGUGCAUAAAAAUGGAACAUGGGCGACACAAAAAAUGAUUGACCUCGCCAAAACACCCGAGCAAAUGGAGUUGGUUUGUCAGUAUAUAAAACCGUUUAUACCACCCUUAUUGUUGGAUCAAUUCGGCAAUUAUGCCGUGCAAUGCUGUCUUCGCAGUAUGACCACCCCUUGCCAUGAGUCAGAAGAGAAAGAGGAAAGGGUCAUGACACAGUUUAUCUUUGAUGCCAUGGUGGAAAAACUGAUGACGAUUGCGCAGGGUCGAUUUGGUGCUAGAUCAAUGCGAGGUAUUUUGGAAAGCGAAUACGUGAAUGUGAAUCAAAAAAUAUUGAUAGCAGCAGCCCUUUGUCAACAUUCUGUGUUGCUAUCCACAAAUGCAAACGGUGCUUUACUUCUAUCCUGGCUGAUAGAAUCCAGCAGUAUAAAAAAUCGACUAGACAUACUAGCAUCCCAAUUGAUACCUCAUUUACCCCAAUUAUGCACUCAUAAAUAUGGCUCUCAGGUCAUCCAAAAGUUGCUUCAUCAAACAACAACCGAGCCACAUGUUCGAUAUUCAGUCUUUACUGGAUUACAAAAGCCAGGAGUUUUAUCGUAUAUACUAAAUGAUCAAAAAGGUAUAGCAUUUAUCCAGAAAGUUCUGCUAAAUCAUGAUCGCUCUUUGCUUGCAAACGAGCAAAAACAUUGGCUGGAUGAUCUAAAAGAAAAAACCUGCGACAUCCUGAAGGAAUCAAUAAGCAACAAUAAUGAAGAUAACACUGGUCACUUUAAGAAGCUGUUAUCACAACUUUUAGAUGAACAUGAUGAAGAAGAUACCGGCCAUUGAUAGAUUCGCUUUGGCUCACAAAGCAAUCGUUGAAUGGUAAAAUUGUAAAUUCACAAACUAUUGGAUCUUGGGCUAGAAUAUGUGUCAAUGACUGCGCCCAAGGUCUAUACUACCUAGUGCCUCGAUGAUAACUCUAGAGUCAAACCUACCUACAAUUAUUCGUAUAUAUCAUAUAUUAUAUAUUUAUUACAAAAUUCUUUAUAAAACAAUUGUUUACCUUAAUCACCCUCAAACUGA